CGAGGCGGGAGUCGUGACUCGUGCGCUCUCUCUGCGCGGAAAAGAGUUCGUUAAAAGGAAUCGUUUAAACUCGCUUGACGAGAAGAGUUCGUUAGAUUUCCGAUGUCCUUGAAAUCGGUCGAGUUUCAUUCGAGUUAAACUGAGAGACAUCUGAACUGCGCUGGAAAGUUUUGCUCGAGUCCUUUUCUUUUUAGUUCGUUAAUAGUUUCAGCUUUUUGUCGCUCUGCUCAUCUUCAGUGUUUUUAUUCAUUGGCUGACAGAAUGUCGCCUGCUUUUUCGUGAAAUAGCUUUUCCCGCUCACGUUUGAAGUAUUUUUGCGGGUUCACUUGAAUCAAAUCUGUGUGCGUGUGUUUGUGGUGUUUACUUUGUGGAAAGCUAAACUUUUUGUUUGGGUUUUGUCAUUUUGAGUGACUUUAUUCGUGGCUGUUCACUAGCGAACAGUUUUAAACAGCUGUUUUCCGUCAGUUUGCGUCUUGAAUCAAUGGUUUGCCUAAGUUCACUGCUGGAGACCCUCUACUGACAGAAGGCGUUUUAAAACAUUACUAUCUACCUGUUUUAGUGCCGUUUAACGGGUUCCUGUUGCAAACAUGGAUAAAUACGACGAUUUGGGACUUGAGGCGAGUAAAUUCAUCGAAGACCUGAACAUGUAUGAAGCGUCGAAGGACGGCUUGUUUCGCGUCAAGAGAGAUGCGGGAAAUAACCCGGAUUUUGAAGAAACUAGGAGAGUUUUUGCCUCCAAAAUGACUAAAAUACACAUGCAGAAGCAGCAAGAGGAGAUGGCAAGGAACAGUUUGGCAGCAAGAAUGAAUGGAAACCACGAGAAAGUGUCAGAUAACACAUUGUACACCAAAGACAGACCACCCAUCAACAGUUUUAGGCAGGGGGGUGAAGCAGCAGCCAAACCACCCAUCAUGUCUGGACCAAUGACUGGCACUGCCAGUGUGAAUCCAUACAUAUCUCAUGAAGGACAAAAACAUCACCCAGCCAGCCUAAAUGAUGGAUCCAACAGGAGUUAUGGGAACAGUUAUGACAAUAAGGACAUUGGGAAUGCUUAUAACCCAAUACCAGUGCCAGCACGGGCAGCACCCUCUAGCAGCCCCCCUGGCACAUGGGCAUCAAGGAGUGGUUACCCUUCUCAAACACCACCAUCCCCGCUCUCUAACAGCUUUUCCUCCUCUGGUUCACCUGGAGUCACUCCUCCAGUGUGCCAGGGCUUUCCUCAAACCUUUGCCCCAUCAGGGAAGUCUCUCUCACAGUCGCCCACAGGAACCUACGGGGCUCCAGUGGACCCAUAUCGACAACCUCAGCAGAUCAGUCCUGCCCAGUGGUCUGCCAGUGUACAGACAUGUCAGAACGGGGUACCUCAUAACAUUGGCACCUCACCUGGCCAGGUGACCCCACCUCCACUGUCCCAUGGAGGAAAGCAAGGUGAGUUGCCCCAACAAAAGAGCAUCGCCCCAACCAUAGGACAAAGCCAGGGCAGCUCAGCCGUGCCCGCUCCCACAUCGGUGGCUCCUGUUGAGUCUGCCCAUGAUGAAUGCUCGAGCCCUUCUCGGGCACUCAAACUGCCAUGCCAGACCCUCCAUAUACAGACAGAUCAGGGGCCAUCUGUGGCUGAAAUAAAAUUAGAAGCUCUAACUGAACGCCUGGAAAAGGAGAUGGACGCCCAGCCAAAGGCUGAGUACUUUGGCAGUUGUGUGAAGUGCAGCAAGGCUGUUUAUGGAGCCAGUCAGGCGUGUCAGGCCAUGGGCAGCCUGUAUCAUGACGGUUGCUUCACUUGUAGUGCCUGCAGUCGAAGGCUCCGUGGGAAAGCCUUUUACUUUGUCUGUGGGAAAGUGUUUUGUGAAGAGGACUUCCUGUACUCUGGGUUCCAGCAGUCUGCUGACAAAUGCAAUGUGUGUGGACAUUUAAUCAUGGAUAUGAUCCUGCAAGCUUUAGGAAAGUCUUACCAUCCAGGCUGCUUCCGCUGUGCCAUCUGUAAUGAGAGUUUAGAUGGAGUGCCUUUCACUGUGGACACUGAGAAUAAGAUCUACUGUGUCAAAGAUUACCACAGAGUUCUUGCACCGAAAUGUGCAGCAUGUAAUCAGCCAAUUCUGCCCUCUGAGGGGUCAGAUGAAACCAUUCGUGUGGUCUCCAUGGACAAGGACUACCACGUAGAGUGCUAUCAUUGUGAGGACUGUCAUAUAGAGCUGAAUGAUGAGGAGGGUCACCGCUGCUAUCCUCUGGAAGGACGUCUGCUCUGUCACGCAUGUCACCUCAAACACAUGGAGCCUGCCUCCCCUCAGUCUACAGCGAACAGCUACCACUGUCAGUUUUAAACAUCUGCCACCCCCUUGUGGCUGUUCAGAGACAUCAGCUUUGCCAAAGCUACUGGACAAUUACACAACUAAAAAGUCACAGCUGAAGUGGAGAUACAUUAUUAUUUCAUAUUGUUUUAUUUCUGAAUUAUUUAGAACAUUACUGACUAUUAAUAUUUUAUUAGAUUGAAUUAAAAAUGAAAGUAAUUUAGCUUGUAUGAUACAAAUGCUGUACACAAUGAGCCACUGGCUUAUGAAAAACUAUUGCUACAGAUUUUUGUAAAUCGGACAACUGUUACUGUUUCGAUUACAAACAUUUUUUAAUAUGAAUUUAUGCUUGAAUGGCACCUAAAGUGUGAUAUGAUCUUACCGGCCAUUAAACUGUGUUUGGCUUUAUUUUUAUAUAAUGACAAAGCAAUACCUUUUUUAAUCAUUUUAAAAAACUAUAUUUAAGUACACUUUUAAACUUAGAAUGAAUUUUUAGUCACAUUUGGUACUUGGCAAGUGUUAAUUAAUUUUAGACACUGCUAACAAGUCAUACAAGUUUCAACUAUUUUUCUGAGAUCCUUUGAAAUCUUGUUUUUAUCAGUGCAUUGCACUGUCUAUUGGACAGAAUUCUGGGAAGCCUGCACCCUAUAUUGUUCCGGAUAUAUAUAUAUAUGAAAACAGCGUUUUUGAAAUAAUCUCUGUCCACACUGCCGUUUUCAGCCGUUUUCCAAAAGUUGCUCGUCUGCACUGAACUGUCUGAAAACGCUUAAAUCCUUUACUGUGCAUGCGGGAAAUAAAAUGGAAGAAGCAUGGCCCUGCGUCAUUUCCAUGUACGGUCUGAAAUGCAAUUGUCCUCGUUCCGUCACCGGACAGCAAUUCCGAGUAAACUUCCUGUCGCUUUUGAAGGAAUGUAAUGUGAAGGUUGUACAAAGUAACAAUGCUUUAUCUUUAAUAAUAUUAUCAAAGUGAAUGACAGGUACAACAAUGCUGCUACAACAUGUGCCUCCAUCUUGAUUGUUUUGGGUUGAAUGGAUCACUUGGCUGUCACUUGACAACAAAUAUGUCAUCGUUUUUGAAUAUCUCAGUUUUCCCUGUCCACACUACAAUGUGAAGAUGCUGUUUAAUAAUUUAUCCACUUAGGAGAGCGUUUUCGAAAAGCUCAGUUUUCACUGAAUAAAAACACCGUCUCGGUGUGGACGGAAGGUCAAAACGUAGCGAAAUUAAUGUGUUUUCAAAUGAAAACGUGUUAGUGUGGACAUAGCCUAACUGAUUGGAACACAAUACACCAAUUACUCUUAAUUCAAGAGGCCAUUAUCCUAAAGGUUCACAUACUUUUACUAUUAAUAAUAACGAGUGCGUUUACAUGCACAAUCUUACAUAGAUUAUGCUUAAAAAGCCAACAACGUGUAUGGUCAAACGGUUUUUCUUUAUCGGUGUAAGGUAGCACAACCCAGUCGGCACACACAGAUUUUUGCCCAUUACCCUGAUUUUUAGUGGCAUGUAAACACCUUUACCAGCUUUCUAACCAGCUUUUUCAGUGUGCGCAAUGUGCACUGUUUACGUUUUGACAUCAAAAGCGGAGAAAAACCGGAUGAUUUCAAACAUGUGAAUUUGUGUUUACAUGUUGAUUUUCUUGCAUUGAAUGAUUUUUUAAUCAUCUAAUUUUUGAUAGUUAUUAUCAGCAUUUUGCUGUGCAUGUAAAUGUAACUUUUGUACCAUUUGCUCAAAAACGAAUGUUGUGUUGUUUGCUAAGUUGGUGGAUGAAUUAGAUCACAAUAGCCAUUCUUGCUGAAAUGAGAUAAUUUCAAUAAGUUUCAAAACUUUUUCCACUUAACAGCAGAUAAUGGUGAACCGAUCUUCAAGCCAAAUGUUACUCCUGCAUCGCUCACAUGGGAAAGACCUAAUAAAUCAUUUAUACCCGUUUUCACGGGUUAAGCAGGUGAUAACUGUUGAUUGUGUGCAUUGGUUUAUGUACAUUCUCAGAUGUAUUCAUCUUCAGUAUUACUUGUUUAUCUAUCUGCUUAAAAAGUAGAAUGUGAUGAGCUUAUUUCACAUUUUGUGUUAUGCCAAUGAUUUCUUAAAUAAAACUGAAAAUAUUUGUA